UGUGUUCAGUCUUCAAAAUACAGACAUGGCGUCUCAGCUCCAGGUGUUCUCCUCUCCCUCCGUGUCCUCCAGUGCCUACUCUCGCUCAAAGAGGCUCAAAGUUGAGAACACUACCUGGGAUGUGUCCAACCAGCUGGGAGACAAUGCUUACUACCAGCAGAGCCCCACCCAGGGAGCUGCACCCUCCACUUCAGGCUCCACCUUCAACGCAGUGUACAACUCCAACCAGGUGCCUCCACCGACAGCCAGCUCCAGGGAGCAGACGGUGGUGCGUGCGGCGGACAGCACGGGCAGCGUUCGUGGACCUCCAUCCUCCUCUUCCUCAUCCUCCUCUUCUAGCCGUCGUGUCAAGGAUGCAGAGUCCUCCUCCCAGCCCUGCGACCUCUACCACAAGCAGUACAGCCUGAAGCGGAAGAGCGAGGAGGUGGACAGCAGCGACAGCGUCCAGAUACUGGAGGAGCUUUCAGCCCCCGUGGUCUCAAACCGCACCGGUGGUGGAGGGGGAACCACCACAGCUCAGUCUAUAGCACAUUCCACUUCUACCACAAAGAGUAGCAACUCCCACAGCGAGGGAGACUACCAGCUGGUCCAGCAUGAGAUUCUGUGCUCGAUGUCCAACAGCUACGAGGUGCUCGAGUUUCUGGGACGCGGCACCUUUGGCCAGGUGGCAAAAUGCUGGAAGCGGGGAACAAACGAGAUAGUGGCAAUUAAAAUCUUAAAGAACCAUCCCUCUUAUGCUCGGCAAGGUCAAAUUGAAGUGAGCAUCCUAAGCAGGCUGAGCACAGAGAAUGCAGAUGAGUUCAACUUUGUCCGCUCAUACGAGUGUUUCCAGCACAAGAACCACACCUGCCUCGUGUUUGAGAUGCUGGAGCAGAACCUUUACGACUUCUUGAAGCACAGCAAGUUCAGUCCGCUGCUGCUCAAAUGCAUACGGCCGAUUCUGCAGCAGGUCGCCACGGCACUGAUGAAGCUGAAGAGCCUGGGUUUGAUCCACGCCGACCUGAAGCCUGAAAACAUCAUGUUGGUAGACCCUCUGAGGCAGCCGUACAGAGUGAAAGUCAUUGAUUUUGGCUCCGCCAGCCACGUGUCCAAAGCGGUUUGCUCCACCUACCUGCAAUCACGAUACUACAGAGCUCCAGAGAUCAUUCUGGGCCUUCCUUUCUGUGAGGCGAUCGACAUGUGGUCAUUGGGAUGUGUCAUUGCUGAGCUGUUUCUGGGGUGGCCCCUUUAUCCCGGUGCCUCAGAGUAUGAUCAGAUUCGUUACAUUUCCCAGACCCAGGGCCUUCCUGCAGAGUACCUGCUGAGUGCAGGAACCAAGACUAGCCGCUUUUUUAACAGAGGCCCCGACUCGAGCUACCCCCUCUGGAGACUCAAAACACCUUCAGAGCACGAGGCAGAGAUGGGCAUCAAGUCAAAAGAGGCCAGGAAAUACAUCUUCAACUGUCUAGAUGAUAUGAUGCAGGUGAACAUGACAAGCCUGGAGGGGACUGACAUCUUGGCAGAGAAGGCUGACCGGCGGGAGUUCAUAGACCUGCUAAAAAAGAUGCUGACGCUAGACGCAGACAAACGGAUCACGCCCAUGAAGACGCUGAACCACCCCUUUGUUACCAUGACGCACCUGCUGCACUUCCCUCACAGCUCGCAUGUGAAGUCCUGCUUCCAAAAUAUGGAUAUAUGCAAACGCAGAUGCAGCGCCUUUGAGAAUAACAAAAAUAUGUUUGCCAGCAACAAUACCCCAAGUGCAGCCACCAACCUCACUGUCACCUUCAGUAGCCAACUAAACCAGCACAAUCAGAUGGCGUCAACAGGAGGCCAGUCCCUGUCCCUCAGCAGUAAUGUCCCGUUGCUGAACUACCAGCCUGGCCUCUACCAGCAGGCCACCAUAAACAUCCCUGGCCUCACCCAGCAGGGCGUACCGCUGCAGACCAGACCCACGCAGCUCUGUGCACAGACUGAGCCCUUCCAGCAAACACUCAUAGUUUGCCCUCCCACCAUCCAGGGUCUUCAGACAUCCAAUAAGCCCUCUGGUUAUCCAGUGAGGAUGGACAACUCUGUACCCUUAGUUCCUCAGAACCAGUCGUCCCAGUCUCUUCACAUCCAGCCCGGCAUGCUUGCCCAGCAGGGCUGGCCAGCAGGCACACAGCAGAUCCUCAUCCCUUCCACAUGGCAGCAGAUGCCAGGCAUGGCCUUUCACAACCCUGGGCAGGCCGUGGUGCCUGAGUCACCCAUGGGAGGCCAGAUACCCGACAGUCAACAAGCUUCUGGCUGGAGGGGUCGUCAUGGUAGCCAAUAUGAUGGCGUCAGCCAGCAGGAAUCUGGUGUUGGCCGUCACGCUGCCUCCCAAGGCCAAAACUCAGGGGCGGCUCACUCAAGAUCCCAACAGGGAAAGAGGUCAAAGGCUCGACAUGCAGAGAGCAAAGCCAGGCCGGUGUCGUCGGCCACCACUGUAGUCCACAACACUUCUGCGUUUGCUGGCGACCAGUCUCAGCCCAUCGUCAUCUCGGACACACCUAGCCCUGCUGUCAGCAUCAUCACCAUCCACAGCGACUCAGAAGACGACGAUGACAGGAAGUUCCCUGCUGCCUGCUCCGGAACAAGCCAGAGGACCAACGUGAUCAGCUGUGUGACGGUGCACGACUCCCAUGACUCCGACUCCUCCAACAGCAGCCCCCUGAGCGCCAAGACGACCUCACAGCCCACCAAGUCCUUGGCCGUCAUAAUGCCCUCUGUGAAGAGCCAGCCGGGGGAGAGCACCACCCGCAAAUCCCCGGCAGCUCCAGAUCAGGCUACGAGUGGCUCUGGAAAAUCCAAGAAAGGGUCGACUCAGCAGUCCAGUCGGACAGGAGAUUCCAACAACGACCGCCAUCAACGGGCCGCAUCCAGCAGAUCUCAGCCUCUCAACCUGAGUCAGGUACAGCAGUCUGUGAUGUCAUCCUCCCACGAUCAAACAGGAAGUAGUAGUUCCCUAAGGAGGCAGCCCACGUACCCCCCUCCCGUCUCCUCCCACUCAUCCUACCGGCUCCACGAGAACACCCUCUUCAGCUCAACCCCGAACCUGUACGCCUACCCGGCUUCUGCCGCCCUGGCCUCUGUGUCCCAAGCUGUGGACCAGAUGCAAGGUGGCUCAUCCCGCCACGGCAGGGCGAGCGGAGCUUACCCUUCUCUGGCGCUGCUCCAAAAGAACGGCAGUCUGGCCCUGGGAGGGUCUGCUCCGGGACAGUACGGCAUCCACCACCACCAACAGCAGCAACAACAGCAGCAGCAGCUGGGAGGGCAGCCUUUCCACCACGCCGCUACUUUCCAGCGAAAACUCAACCAGUUUCCCUUCCUGUAAAGACUAAAGCGCUGCAUGUCCACCAAAUGAAGACCGAGACUAGAG